AUGCUGCAGAACAUAGUGUCCGUGUCCAGCGUGUGUUUGCUGCUGGCGAUCGCGGGCUGGGACAGGGACGCCAGUAAAACCAUCCAAGAGAACAUUUUCGACCCUUCCAUAUUUGAGACGUAUACCGACAAUGACUCAGACACGUGGGACUGGUUCGGUACCGUUACUUGGUCAGGGGAGGUCGAACCCUGCCCCUGCCGAUGGAGUUUCUUCUUUCCAGGGGCUUGUCCCACCAGACGCCGAGACGAACUGCACGACUUGGGCAUUUUCUCCUGGGUCUUUCAUAGGGUCAUAUACAGCAUCGAGGACUUGGGGGCGGUAGUGGACGGAUUUGCGGUGGGGAAUGCGGUCUGGUUGCUUCUGUCUAUAGGAGCACACAUCACUCUAUACAUAAUACAUGCCCAGGGAACCGACUGGAAAAGGUUAUUUGGUCUACACCCAAAGAAACAAACGAAGGACUCGGCUUGUCAGAAGAACACUAACAUUUAUAGAAAGAUAAAUAUCUUACGACUUCGACACCGCGAAGAGCUUGAAGAAAUGGCCAAGACAAUAGAGUAUUUAGAGCGCGAGAGGCAAAAACAGGAGGAUUAUUUAGAACAGAAAAAAGUUGAGGUAGACAUACUGCAGAACGCCAUACGUCACUUAUAUCAUGCCCACGCACAAGGAGACGUGGAGAAACCACCCAAGGGAGUGAAACCCGACUGUAGAUGGGACUGAGACUCACAGCGAACCAGACAGAUCUAUACAUCUACGCUUAUAAUAAAGAU